GCGAUGCUCUAGAGUAGACUAGCGCGUUAAAAAAUCAGCUGAUCGUUUGUCAAUGACGUAAAAUAAUGUCCCAAUCUUUGAAGCGACAGGUGCUAAGCGCGUUCAAAAAGCUACAUCGCACGCGCCAAUAUGUGUUUCAGGGCGAUGACAGGGCUCUGUUGGCGGGCCGGCAUAAGAUAAACGAAUCAUUUCAGCAGAACCGUAACGAAACCAAUGAGGAGGAGAUUCAAAAGAUGAUUAAUUUAGCUGUGGAGGUGGACAACGAGCUGCGAACGAACGUAAUUCAGGCCAAAAAACGGGAUGACAACGUCUUUGAGCUACGUAUAACGCCAGAGACCACUCGCCUAGACAAUGUGAUGUUCGACCCCGAUGCAGUGGUUGAAGCUCCGCGCAGACGGCGUAAAGAUAGUUCCACAGGUUGUUGUGGUGGGGCAGCCAUGGCUGCCCUAGAGGCUGAGAUAGAAUCGCGUAAGAAGUAAAAAAAACAACACAUUGUGAAUAUUAGCGAAUUAGUUUAAAUUAUUUGUAACGUCAAUACAUUAAAAGCAUUA